GUAUAACUGAGUGGGAUUACCUUUAAUAAUUCAUUUUUAGUUAAAUAUUCGUUGAAAAUAGUUUCUCAAAAUUUAUUAACAUAAACGUAUCGCAUACAGUACGGUAUAAUUUAUUUUAAAAUGAACAAUUUUAAUAGAAAUAUACUGUAAAUAUUUUGUAUCAAAUCAGUAAAAUUGUGGCGCAUUUAAAAAAUUACUAGCUUGGAACAGAAUUGGGAAAAAAUGGAUAAACAAAACGAAAAAACCAAAUCAUCUACUAGUAGAGUACCAGAUACGCUUUUUUUAUACAUUUCUGUUAUAACAGCUCAUUUAGUAUCUAUUGCAAGUGGAACAUCUAUGGUAUGGACUUCACCUGUACUAGGAAAAUUGUAUUCAAAUGACACCGAAGUAAAUCCCAUAGGCAGACCCAUAACAACUAUAGAAGUAUCAAUGUUGGCAGCAAUACCAACAUUUACCAAUAUCCCUGGAAUCCUGUUUAUGCCCAAACUUUCUGAUAUAAUCGGCAGGAAGCGGUAUUUGCUCAGCGCAGCAUUUGUAAUGCUGCUGGCAGGAGUUGGUUUAGCUUUUAGUAAUAACGUGGCAUUAAUGAUAAUUACGAGGUGUAUUUUCGGUUUUCACGGAUCUUGGAUGGUUGUAUGUUUAUAUGUAGCUGAAGUGACCGAGGAUCACAAUAGAGGGAAAUUCGGUUGUUAUUUCGGAAUAUUGCAUCAAAUCGGACAUUUGUUUGGGUUUGUGAUAGGGCCGUUUUUCAGCGUGAAAUAUUUCACGUUGAUUACCAUUUCUCCUUUAUUGAUAUUCCUUGUUAUCUUUACGAUGUUGCCCGAAACACCGAUGUAUUUAUUGGCUAAAGGUAGAGAGGAGGAAUGCAAAAUGGCUUUGAGGAAAUUGAGAAGCAACAAAACCGAGGAAGAAAUAGAGGUGGAUUUGGAGAAAUUGAAAGAAAACCUAAAGAAACAGAAAGAAGAAAAAGGGAAAAUAACUGAUUUGACAAAAAAACGGGAAAGCAGAUUAGCUGUAAUUUUAGGCUUAUUACCGUUGAUAACUACAUACUGUUCCGGUGUUACUGUAAUAUUCACGUUCUUAGCACCAUUUUUUGAUGAAGCAGGCACCAGCUUAUCAGGUGACAUAGUAGCAAUUAUUAUAGUUGUUUUCAAAAUAACCUUUUUCCUCUUGACUUCUUUAGUAAUAGAAAGAUUUGGUCGAAGGAAAAUGUUUCUUAUAUCUUCCACUAGUACCGCUAUUCCUUUAUUUCUACUAGGAAUUUACUUCUACCUACAAAGCAUCGAUUCAUCGUUAAUAGCAUACCUUCAAUGGUUACCCCUAACCUGUCUUAUAUUUACAGUUUGCUUCUUCGGAUUAGGUUUGGGUCCAAUUGCUCAAGCAUUUGUAGCGGAAUUACCAUCGGAAGAGCUCAGAGCGGUGACUUCUUCACUAGUGCAUUCAAUUGGUAUUUUCGUAUCAUUUGCUUUAACAUUUUUGUAUCCCAUAAUAUCGGAAUUGGGUGUACAAUGGUGUGUAUGGUGGUUUAGUAUGAAUUGCGUCGUCGGUUCGAUUUUAAUGUAUUUCUUUUUGCCGGAAACCAAGGGAAAAAGCUUCGUCGAAAUACAGGAUAUGCUGAAAAAUUAUUCGAAACUUCGAAAGCAAUGAUACAAAAAUGUGAACUAUGAUAGAGUUAAGUAAGUCAAGUUAUCUUUCCAGACAUUUUAUUGUUGUUCUUAUGAACUACAGAUUAGAUUAAAGUCUUCUGUAAAUACUAUUAUAGUUGAUAUAUUUUUUAUUAAUGUGUUAAUUAUU